GCGCGGUGACGCACGUGUUUGACAGCAUCUGCACGGUCGUACUCUCGUUAACGCGGCCUUGUUGUCAUUAUUAUUGUUCAUAAUUAUUUAUAUUGUUGUUGUAACUGUUGCCAAUCGAAACAUGGAGUUUGGCGAAGCAGUCAGCGAAGGACCCGGCUUUGUCGGAAUUAAGUUUUGUCAGGAGUGCAACAACAUGCUUUACCCGAAGGAGGAUAAGGAGAACAGGAUUCUCCUCUACUCUUGCAGGAACUGUGACUACCAGCAGGAAGCUGACAACAGCUGCAUCUACGUCAACAAGAUCACCCACGAAGUCGACGAGCUGACUCAGAUCAUUGCCGACGUGGCCCAGGAUCCUACACUGCCCCGUACAGAAGACCACCCAUGUCCAAAAUGUGGCCACAAAGAAGCCGUGUUUUUCCAGUCGCACAGCGCAAGGGCGGAGGACGCCAUGAGGCUGUACUACGUGUGCACUGCACCACACUGCGGACACCGCUGGACCGAGUAACGAGAGCGAGCUUGCUGUCGGGCUGUUCGCCAGAUGGCCGAGAUGCCCGGGCCUCUGGCCUUUGCCACGAAUGCAGAAAAACCUAGCAUCUUAAACACGAAUGUUGUCCGUGAUGUACAUUAUCUGUAGUCUUGUGUUACUAAAAUAAAUGUUUU